AUGCCAUCCAGGCUGAGGAAGACCUGGCACCUUUGGACCCACAGCCACAUGGGCAAGCAUCAAAAGCACUCAGGAGGCCACAGUCAUGCUGGUGGCAUGCUUCACCACAGGAUCAACUUCAAUCAGUAUCACCCAGGUUACUUUGGGACAGUUGGAAGCAGGCAUUACCACUUCAAGAGCAACCAGAGAAUCUGCCCAAUUGUCCACCUUGAUAAACUGUGGACUUUGGUCAGUGAGCAGUUGUGGGUAAAUUCUGCCAGAAAUAGGACUUGAGUUACUCAUAUCAUUGAUGUGAUAUGAUUGGACUACUGCAAAGUUUUGGAAAAGGAAAAGCUCCCCAAACAUCCUGUCAUCCUAAAGGCCAAAUUAUUCAAUGGAAGAACUGAGAAGAUCAAGGGUGCAGGCGCAUCUCAUUCCAAGUCAAACUACCACCUUUCAAAAGAGAAGUCCAGGCCUGGAAUCCACAGCUCUGGGUGGGCCCUGUGUACCACCACCAAGGCUGUCCUUCUGCCCCGCCCAUGCCAGGCCUGCCUCCGGUAA